CGUCACAAGUAAGGAAAAGCUUCAUGCACGUUCGGUUACCGAGGACCUUGGUUGCCUCAUGUGCAAGAACUGCAGAUCCAACCAUGCACAGGGCGUCAUGGGGGACAGUAGUGGAGAACCGGAGCUUCGCCUCGCGCCAAAAUUUGAGAGGAAGGAUAAGGAAAUUUUGGAGAGUGGUUGUACGAGAGGUCUUCUCGUCAAUGUGCAUCCUGUUGAGCCGUGGGUCAUAUUCUCACCUGCCGGUCAGUCGCUUCAAGUCUGGAACUGUGACGAUGGAACACAGGUUGCCUCCUGGGCAAUCCCUGACGUUAAUAACGAUGCCUAUGAAGCUCAAUUCAUCACACAGGAAGACUGGAUUGCCGUAAGGAGACUGUGUAGCUUGGCUAUAUAUGACAAACAAGGUUCGAACUUGCGAUGUAUAAAGGUGCUGACGGGGGAAACUUACAGGAUGAGGACACAUGCGAUGGCUGUCCAUCCAACCUUACCCUAUUUAUCGGCUGCUUUUGCCCAGGACGACAUUCUCCUGUGGCGCUGGGGCCAGGGAUGGGAAAAGAUAGUACUGAAAGGCCAUUCUCGAUGGGUAUAUCAAGUGGUGUUUCAUCCAAGGGAGUCACACAUCUUUGCAAGCGCUGGAAGUGAUAGCACUAUCAAGGUAUGGAGCUUGAAGACAAUGUCUGUUCUCAAUACUUUGGAGGAGGAUGACCAUUAUGGCUAUAUAGAUGAAAUUGGAUUCGGCAAUGGGUUGCAUAAGUCGCUCUUGAUCUCAUCACUUGAUAGAUGUAUAUGUGUAUGGGACUAUGAGAGUGUGGCAAAGUGGGUGCCACACAAGUACAAUCCUAUUUCAGCCUUUUUUCAUCCACGCUUGCCGUAUAUCUUCACAGCAGCAGACGAUGGAGAAAUCAGAGUCUGGAGUGACUCAACCUAUCAGCAAGUCUCGUCCUACUUCUGUCGUUGGGCUGGUAUGGUCAGGAGAAUGCAUCCAUGUGCAAAGUCUAACAUGGUUCUCCUAGGAGGUCGUGGCGAGUUUCUUGUAGCACAGGUACUAAGUACAAGAGGGGAAGAAGAGGACAAGAAAGAACUGGAGCAAAGGGGGUCUCUUUUUGCUGGAAGACGAAGAAUUCAACUGGAAAAUGGAGUACUAGCCAAUUCUUUAAAAGAGCUUGAGAAGAAGAUUGAGCACAUGGCGGAAAAGAUUGAGCGAAACUGCGAUAAAGUGAUCGAUGAACUGCGAGCAGACCAUCGGGGAAAGGAGAGAGUCCAAGCAGAAAGGAUUGAGAAGCUGGAGACGGAGCUUACAAGAAUUCAGGCAGAAGCGGUCAGUGCGCAAAAGCUGUCCGACGAAUCUAGAAAACAUCUAGUAGGCAGGAUCUCUCGGUUGGAAUCAAAGAGGGACAAGCUGAUGAUACCAGGGGACAAAGGUAACGAACCAGAUCUGCGUCGGGAAAAGGAGAGAAUCCAAGAAAAAAGGACUCAGAAGCUGGAGACAAAGCUUAAAAGAAUUCAGGCAGAAGCGGUCAGCGCGCAAAAGCUGUCCGACGCAUCCAAAACACAUCUAGAAAACAGGAUUUCUCUGUUGGAAUCAGAGAGGGACAAACUGACAGAGAAAGUUAACGAACAGGAGCAAAGACUCUUAAAAGAGAUCAUUGCUAAUCAAAACAGGACAAAGAUGUCUGCCGGCGGACUCCUCGCUGGUGAUGCUAGCACAACAGAGAUUCCCUUGCUGAAGGAGUUAUCCAUGAAGGAACUACAGGAUGCGACGGACAAUUUUCACAUAAAGUGGAAGUUUGGAGAAUCUGAUGUGGAUCACCAUGAAGAUGUUUACACGGGGAAACUACCUGACGCCGCUGACGGCACACAUAUUAAAGUAAAGAGUAUCAGGGAUAUUAUGAGUACUAGGCAGGUUGUUGAGUGCAACAAGUUUGAAGCAGAUGUGGUAGAAAGGUUGAAAUUACUCCAGCAUCCCCAUCUGCUUACCCCUCUGGGAGUUUGUUAUGAAGAGAGCUGUCUCGUUUAUGAGCACAUGGCUCAUGGCAAUGUGCAGAAUUGUAUCGCACGUCGUGGAGAAAACUCUACGCCAGAGAGAGUGUCUCUGGCGUGGUAUGUUCGCUUCCGCAUCAUGGCGGAGGUUGCCAGAGGCUUAUCCUUUCUCCAUUCUUACCCAUUGGUUUCUGGUGGUCCCAUCAUCCACAGCGCCAUCACGCUAACAAACAUCCUACUCGACAACAAUUUUGUGGCCAAGAUAGGUCGUGUCGAUCGAGCACUGCUUGGCCUCCCGAAAACUGCUGAGGGAACUGCCUUGCCAGAAUUUGUGGUAAGCAACCCUCAGUAUGUCGCCCCAGAAUACUGGCAGUCCAGAGUUUUCAGUGAAAAAACGGAUAUCUACGCUUUUGGCAUCACUCUUUUGGAGAUGCUGACCGGAAAUUUCUCGAAUGCGUUCGAUGUCAUUGACAAUGCGAUUGAAGAUGAAGCGGCUUUCAAGAAUGCUCCCGAUUCCAAUGCAGGUUUUUGGGAUGUUCAUCUAGCACGUGAAGUAGCGAGCUUGGCGCUGCGCUGCGCCGACCCGAACAAACGCAAACGGCCAACCAUGAUGACACCUGACAUCGGCAUCCUGCCGAUAUUGGAGGGGGUUGCGAGGAAGGUACUAGAUCUUUUGCAGGCAAUAUGUGAUGCACAAGCAUUGAGGUGACUGGCAUUUGAAGAGAGGGUGAGAAUGGAGCCUGCUUCCAGCUUACGGGCUUCUUUUUUUUUUUYUUUUUUUUUUUUUUAUGGUCCAGGGCGUACGGGCAUGUUAACCUCGGUAGUUUCUUUGCUUGGUCUUAGGUGUCUAUUUAUUCGUUUAUUUUAAUGAAAAAACUGCUUCCUUGGUUUAUUCAGAUGAGAGGGGCUGACAUCCCCCCACAAAGACCGGAUCUGGGAGCAUUACCCAGUGGUAUGCUUUUGACGAGACCCCGAGGGACCCGAGUAAGAAGCACCCCUAAACAAAUAAAUUUCUUUAAU